GGCGGCUGCGUCGAGCUCGCCGCGGACCCAAGAUGGCGGCGUGUGGACGUGUACGGAGGAUGUUCCGCUUGUCGGCGGCGCUGCAGCUGCUGCUGCUGCUCGGGGCGGCCGGGGCCCAGAAACUACCGGGCCAGGCCGGCCACGGCCAGGGCCAGGGCCCGGCGCCCAACUUUGGGCCCGUUGUGGGGCAGGCUGGCGGCGGCGGACCGGCGGGGCAGCCGCUGCUCCAGCUGCAGCAGCAGCAGCAGCAGCAGCAACAGCAGCAGCAACAGCAGCAGCAGCAACAACCACCUCAGCCGCCGCAGCCACCUUUCCCGGCGGGUGGGCCUCCGGCCCGGCGGGGCGGAGCGGGGCCCGGCGGGGCCGGCGGGGGCUGGAAGCUGGCGGAGGAAGAGUUCUGCAGGGAGGACGUGACCCGAGUGUGUCCCAAGCACACCUGGAGCAACAACCUGGCGGUGCUCGAGUGCCUGCAGGACGUGAGGGAGCCUGAAAAUGAAAUUUCUUCAGAUUGUAAUCAUUUGUUGUGGAAUUAUAAGCUGAACCUAACAACAGAUCCCAAAUUUGAAUCUGUGGCCAGAGAGGUUUGCAAAUCUACCAUAUCAGAGAUUAAAGAAUGUGCUGAUGAACCAGUAGGAAAAGGUUACUUGGUUUCCUGCUUGGUGGAUCACAGAGGCAACAUCACUGAGUACCAAUGUCACCAAUACAUCACCAAGAUGACGGCCAUCAUUUUCAGUGAUUACCGUCUAAUCUGUGGCUUCAUGGAUGACUGCAAAAAUGACAUCAACAUUCUGAAAUGUGGCAGCAUUCGGCUUGGAGAAAAGGAUGCACAUUCACAAGGUGAGGUGGUAUCAUGUUUGGAGAAAGGCCUGGUGAAAGAAGCAGAAGAAGGAGAUCCCAAGAUUCAAGUCUCUGAGGUUUGCAAGAAAGCCAUUCUCCGCGUGGCUGAGCUGUCCUCAGAUGACUUUCAUUUAGAUCGGCAUUUAUACUUUGCUUGCCGAGAUGAUCGGGAGCGUUUUUGUGAAAAUACACAAGCUGGUGAAGGCAGAGUAUAUAAGUGCCUCUUCAACCAUAAAUUUGAAGAAUCCAUGAGUGAAAAGUGUCGAGAAGCACUAACAACCCGCCAGAAGCUGAUUGCCCAAGAUUAUAAGGUCAGUUAUUCAUUGGCCAAAUCCUGUAAAAGUGACUUAAAAAAAUACCGGUGCAAUGUGGAGAACCUUCCCCGGUCCCGGGAAGCCAGGCUCUCCUACCUUCUGAUGUGUCUGGAGUCAGCUGUGCAUAGAGGGCGACAAGUGAGCAGUGAGUGCCAGGGGGAGAUGUUGGAUUACCGACGUAUGUUGAUGGAAGACUUUUCUUUGAGCCCUGAGAUCAUCCUGAGCUGUCGGGGGGAGAUUGAACACCACUGUUCUGGAUUACACCGAAAAGGCCGAACCCUGCAUUGUCUGAUGAAAGUAGUUCGAGGGGAGAAAGGGAACCUUGGAAUUAACUGCCAGCAGGCGCUUCAAACACUGAUUCAGGAGACUGACCCUGGUGCAGAUUACCGCAUUGAUAGAGCUUUGAAUGAAGCUUGUGAAUCUGUAAUACAGACCGCCUGCAAACACAUACGAUCAGGAGACCCAAUGAUCCUCUCGUGCCUGAUGGAACAUUUAUACACAGAGAAAAUGGUAGAAGACUGUGAACACCGUCUGUUAGAGCUACAGUAUUUUAUCUCCCGAGAUUGGAAACUGGACCCUGUCUUAUACCGCAAGUGCCAGGGAGAUGCAUCUCGUCUCUGCCACACCCACGGCUGGAACGAAACCAGUGAGUUUAUGCCUCCUGGAGCUGUGUUCUCUUGCCUGUACAGACAUGCCUACCGCACGGAGGAGCAGGGCAGGAGGCUCUCACGGGAGUGCCGAGCUGAAGUCCAGAGGAUCCUGCAUCAGCGUGCCAUGGAUGUUAAGCUGGAUCCUGCGCUCCAGGAUAAGUGCCUGAUUGACCUGGGCAAAUGGUGCAGUGAGAAAACAGAGACCGGACAGGAGCUUGAAUGCCUCCAGGACCAUCUGGAUGACUUGGCCGUAGAGUGCAGAGACCUGGUCGGCAACCUCACCGAGUUAGAAUCGGAGGAUAUUCAAAUAGAAGCCUUGCUGAUGAGAGCCUGCGAGCCCAUAAUUCAGAACUUUUGCCACGAUGUGGCAGAUAACCAGAUAGACUCCGGGGACCUGAUGGAGUGUCUGAUACAAAACAAACACCAGAAGGACAUGAAUGAGAAGUGCGCCAUUGGUGUCACCCACUUCCAGCUGGUGCAGAUGAAGGAUUUUCGGUUCUCCUACAAGUUUAAAAUGGCCUGCAAAGAGGAUGUGCUGAAACUUUGCCCCAACAUAAAGAAGAAGGUGGACGUGGUGAUCUGCCUGAGCACCACCGUGCGCAACGACACUCUGCAGGAAGCCAAAGAACACAGGGUGUCCCUGAAGUGCCGCAAGCAGCUGCGGGUGGAGGAGCUGGAGAUGACAGAGGACAUCCGUCUGGAACCAGAUCUGUACGAAGCCUGCAAGAGUGACAUCAAGAACUACUGUUCCACGGUGCAAUACGGCAACGCCCAGAUUAUUGAAUGUCUGAAAGAAAACAAGAAGCAGCUAAGUACCCGUUGCCACCAGAAAGUUUUUAAGCUGCAGGAGACAGAGAUGAUGGACCCAGAACUAGAUUAUACGCUCAUGAGGGUCUGCAAGCAGAUGAUAAAGAGAUUCUGUCCAGAAGCAGAUUCCAAAACCAUGUUGCAGUGCUUGAAACAAAAUAAAAACAGUGAAUUGAUGGAUCCCAAAUGCAAACAGAUGAUAACCAAGCGCCAGAUCACCCAGAACACAGAUUACCGCCUAAACCCUGUGUUAAGGAAAGCCUGUAAAGCCGACAUUCCUAAAUUCUGUCACGGUAUCCUGACUAAGGCCAAGGAGGAUUCGGAACUGGAAGGCCAAGUCAUCUCUUGCCUCAAGCUGAGAUAUGCUGACCAGCGCCUCUCUUCAGACUGCGAAGACCAGAUCCGGAUUAUUAUUCAGGAGUCUGCUCUGGAUUACCGACUCGAUCCUCAGCUGCAGCUGCACUGCUCGGAUGAGAUCUCCAAUCUGUGUGCCGAGGAAGCAGCAGCCCAGGAGCAGACAGGUCAAGUGGAGGAGUGCCUCAAAGUUAACCUGCUCAAAAUCAAAACAGACAUGUGCAAAAGGGAGGUGUUAAACAUGCUGAAGGAAAGCAAAGCAGACAUCUUUGUGGACCCAGUUCUUCAUACAGCUUGUGCCCUGGACAUCAAACACCACUGCGCAGCCAUCACCCCUGGCCGCGGGCGUCAAAUGUCCUGCCUCAUGGAGGCCCUGGAGGACAAGCGGGUGAGGUUACAACCGGAGUGCAAGAAACGCCUCAAUGAUCGGAUUGAGAUGUGGAGUUACGCAGCGAAGGUGGCCCCCGCGGAUGGCUUCUCUGACCUCGCCAUGCAGGUGAUGACGUCCCCGUCAAAGAACUACAUUCUCUCCGUGAUCAGUGGGAGCAUCUGUAUAUUGUUCCUGAUUGGCCUGAUGUGUGGACGUAUCACCAAACGAGUGACACGAGAGCUCAAGGACAGGUAGAGCCACCUUGGCCACCAAAGGAACUGUCUGUCCAGUACCUAGUUUGUACAGACCUCCUGUAUAGCGUACCCUCUCACCUCGUUCUUCUCAGAGGUGCCACCAACAAACACCCAUGUUAGAGCAGCAGCAGGUACCACUGCAUUGUCCCAUCUCAGACUUCACCCAUGUCAUGGUGUCCCUCCUUCCGGCCAUCUGUGCAGCAUCAGCCGCUGGCCACUUGGUUAUCGCCGUUGUUGGCAGACUUAGGUUUACCUGUAGACAAGUCUCUCUCAUACCAAUGGAACCACAGGUACUUCCAGAACCAACUCAUCUGACCUGCAACUCAAAUGAUUUCUUAAAAAAACAAAAACAAAAAAAAUAACACACACACACACACACACACACACACACACACACACACAGGAAAUAAGUUUUUAAAGAAAGGAAAAAAUGUAUAUAGUAGCAUACCUCCUCCAAGCUUGAUUUGGGCAGUGGGCUCUUUCUUCUGUGUGACUAUGUAUAAUGAAGACAGGACGUUAAAGGGGAAACACUCCACCCAAUAUGCUACAACUGGGAUGUCUUGCUCAUUUCUCAAAAGCACCUUUGGGCCAUGUCAGGGCCAUGGACUUCACCAAGUGGUGGGAAACCACUAACCAGCCAACUUCGGAUCCUGUUUUCUUCUGCUGAAACAGUGAUGCCUUCCAGUUUCCACCCUAAAGAGCCACUGCUGGUCAAGACCCCCAUGGCCAUAUGUAUUCCUACGAUCUCCUCACCUCAGUGAAGUAAAGCCGGAGCCUCCCUAGGCGAGGGGCAAAUGGACUGGGGAGAAGAUCAAAACUCUGUGAUGCUGAUCUGCACUGAGAGGCGGGACUCGGGUCCCCAGGCAGCAGAAUCCCAGUGCCCUCCCUCCUCCAGGCUAGUGCAGGGCUCGGCUGCCUGGGGAUUGCCCUGCUGGGCGGCAGGUGCUGGGAAGCAGCGCAUGUGGGGGAGGGGCUGGGGGAGGAAGGAGGAGCCAGGGCUUGAUUCACUUUGCUUUAUUUUUUAGGCAACGUUGCAGGUCAGGGCAGUGGCUUAGAAAGAUGUAGCAUGGUCUCAGGUGUGACUGCAGUUCAGCCUGACCUUUUUGCAGGCUCUGAGCCACCUUCCUAGACAGCUCCUUUAUGCCUCUACAUGCAGAGGGCGUGGAAAGUUCUUACAUUAAAAGAUGGAGGCUUUCUCCAUUCUUUUCCUUUCUGUCCGUUUGCUGCAUACACCCACGGUAGAAGGCAUUGGCUAAAUGUUGUACUUUGGGGAUUCGUCAGUCUUUUCAGAAUCUGAGUUAAUGGGAGCAAUAUUCCUGGCCACUCUCCCUCACCCCACGGUGUGGAGGUGACAGGUUGGAGCGUACAGAGGGAGGACGCAGGCAUCAUGGUUCUACCCAGCACGGCUGGCUUGACUUGGGGCAUGGAGUCACAGUGGCUGCCUAGAGGGCGGCGUGUACAGUAGGAGAUAUAUUUAUAUAAUAUAUAUUUUAUUAACCUGUUAGACGUCCACAAAGUGUUAUAAAUCAUGUGCCUAAAACUGUCUGCAUAGACCAUGGCGCCCUUCCCCCCCGCCCCCUUGGCCACCGUCCAUGUGUGCUGUGGACCUUCACAUUCGUCUCCCCUGAGAGGUGUUCAGUGCAGAGUGGGUCAGUUUAUGGGUCAGUUGGUCCACGUUGCUCCUGCCCUGACCUGACUGGCGUGUAUUUGAUACUGUGGUCUUCUUUUUCUUUCAUUUCUCCUUGCGACCUUUCCUGGAGGCAGUGGCUUCCAGAAGCCAGCUGUGUGUUACCCCUGCCUGGGCUAACAAGUCACCGAGGGAGCCACUCAGCAGCUUGGCUCCCUCAGUCCUGCUCUUAGGUCUUCCUGAUGCUCAGCAACUGAGACUCUUCCGUCUCAUAAAACUUGAAACUCUGGGAGUCUGAGCAACACCCCUUCCACCUCCACUGUUGGGCCAAAUUGAGCUGGUCCCAACCAUUUCCCCAGGGGUUCCCACUUGGGUGGUGGAGGUUGCUGAGGCUUGGGAUCGAGAAGUGGGGUGUCCUCUAAAUGCAGGCCCCCUGACGUGUCUGGUGUUGUUUACAGGAUUGGAUUGAUGUUCACCAUUUGGAGGGGCCGGUACCAUUCUCAUCUCUGCAGUCUCCCUCCCUAUACAUGUCAAACAUCUCCAUAAUUUAAUGCCUCCAUAUUUCUGUUCUUUCUGAGCUGGGACGAUCUCCUUCAUUGUCUGCAGCAGAUCUGGAAGUUUGAGGAGUUUGAUUCUUGAAACUUUUGUUGCCUUUAGAGAUGGUCGGAAUAGAAGGGGUACUCUGCCUCUGUCUGCAGUGGCUUGUAAGAAAGCAUUUCCCCAGCCUCCUGGAGCAGUCUGAUGUGAUGGUUCUUGGGACUCCAGGCAGAUUGCCACGCCCAGCACCACCUGCACCUGCAGCUGUACCUCUGCUGCUCUGCACUUGGUGUCACAAAACAGAUACACAGGCACUCUGGUUGCCAGCCUCCGAUCAGUAGAGAGUAAGUCACCUAGCCUAGAAUUAGCAAAGGAGGAACCAUGGCCCUAGUGGAAGAGCUGAUGACAGACCUUGGCAUUUAUCUCUUCUGAUGCCCAGCCCCUGAACAAUAACAUAAGCAGCAGGUGGGGGUUUGGCCAAGGCCAAGGCUCCUGGCAAUUGUUGAAAAUGACAGUAGCCAGGUAACUCCCCUGGCCUUACCAGCUCUCUCCAGUGUCUCAGGGACUCAUACCUGGUGUGCUCCACGAUAUUCCAGAGGCAUCAGGAGGGCAGCCUCCUGGGCUGGAGGCACUGCGUACAGGCGGAAAUCAGAAAUCUGGGCAAAAUAUCAAGAACAAGACGAAUACCCCCUACUGGAGCGUCUCCCGCAGAGGGUGGCUCCAGGAGGAGACCACCUGGUGCCCCCCUGGCCCUCUACUAUUCCUGCUGUCCCAAGAGAAGCUGCUAGCAAGGUGUGCCGAGAUGGGCGUCCUCGCAAAGGCUCUAGAUCUCUGCCUUCCCCUGAUGCGUCUGCCAGUACUCCCAGCCCGUUCUGUGGGUCCAGUCAGCUCGUUCGGAGCCUGUGCAUCCUUAGAAGCCAGGGGAGCUCUAGUGUUCAGUGAGCAGGUGUUGACCUCAUUGCCAGCCUUCAGGGAUUUCCAUCCUGCACUUUUCUGGGGGACAGAGCAGUGCUGCUGGCGGGGGGAGAGCUGCUUUCCUGGAGGAGGUGACAGAACAUUCCUGAGACCCCAUCUCUUUCCAUUUCCUGAGGUCACAGGAUAGAAGGGUGGAUGUUCUGGCCUCACGGUCGGGUCGUAGCGUCCAUUUACAGCUGUGUCAGCUGUGUGCUGACUUCCCUACUUUCUCCCAAGAGAAGAGUCCCUGAUAUGAGUGUGACUUCCGGAAUUGUCUCCCAUCCGCCCUGCCCCCAGGCUGUGGUACUACUUCUAGCCCCAAGUCCCCACCUCAGCGAUUCACCAGGGAGGGUAGACUGCUUCCUGGGCUCCUUUCUUAGCUGACCUCCAAGGCCUUCACUUCCCAUUUCUUCCUCUCCCUCACAUAUAACUCACACUAAGCAAGCAGAUGUGGAGAAGGAAGCUAGAAUAGGUACCACUGGAAGCAAGCCAGCCCAGUCUGACACGUUCAACCUAAAUUUUGGCCAUAGAACAAAAAUAAUACGGCUUUUAAAUGAUGUUUAUUUGUAUUUCAUGUUCUUGUAAAUUUGAAAAACCUCAAGGAUCCCUUUUAUAUUUCCCACCAUCUGUGCAGCACCAAAGUAGUUUUGUGAAAUGCAGCACCCCAGUGCCCUGGCUUUCCGGGACACUCCUCCGCAUUGGUCUUUGACUCCCCAGGCCCUGGGCCAGAGCGGAAGUUCUCUCGUUUGUCUGCUUGGCUGCUCCUCUAACUGUACUGCUCGUCGUCCUCCUCCUCUCCACUAGGCAAUCAAGAAUCACAUUUUAGGGCAACCACGUCAGCAGAUCAGUCAUGACUCUUCAGUGACCGGUUCCCCCAAGCCAUCUAGUGAGGUCACUGGAGACCCAGGUGGAUGGUCUGCUCGGGCUGGUGGUGACAGGAUCCUGACGGUGGUUUCCUCCCCUUCCCCCUUCCCAAAAUCCAUUGCGUUUCACAGGUAGGGAUGUUGGGUUACGUGCAGUAGAGAACUCUCCCUGGGCAAGCAGAAAAUUCAGAUAGUGCCUCUAUAUUCUGUUUUUGCCUUCCCCCAACGUAGGGUUGACACCUGGACCCAGAGCCCAGCAGGCCCUAUGGCAGACAUGCUGGGGGGUUGAGGUCAGACUGCAGUGCCCUGGACACAGUGGCUCCUCCCAACAGUGCUCCCAGGUCAGCCCGAGCAGGAAAACAGACUGCAGCACAUGCUGUGUGAGAUCUUAGGCCUUUACCUUUUUUUUUUAAGAAAGAAAGAAAAGUAAAAUGAACAAGCCUCUUUUGUAAAUGGUUUUCCUUUCUAUGUAUAAAAUCCCUGCAGUUCCUUGUUUUUACAUGUUCUUGCUGUGUAAUUUUGAGAUGUUACUGAGAUUCUGAACAUAAUGUGCAUUUUUUUUCUGUACAGAUGAAAUGGGAGAAUUUAAUAAAGAGUUUGCAGGUUUUUACUUG